AUGGGUACUGUGUUUGGCAAAAAAUUGGAUUACACAACUACUGUUAAAAUCAAUCGUACGCGGGUGAGCAGUAGCCAGAGGCGUGAAAUAAAAAGCUCGACAGAAGCACAGCACGAAGCUGCGCGAGCGACGGCCCACCAAACAGGAUGUGGGACUGGUCGGCGCACACACGCGCGCGCUCAAUGCGCACACCCCAGCCACGCACACAAGCGCGCGCGGCCUCGCCGCUCUCCGCUCACGGAAAUGUGCGUGCGCCAGGGCUGCCUGCCGCACCAAGCGCUCACUUUGCACGACCAUAUUUUCUAUAAUAUUUUAUUUUUAUCAUGCCGCUCCUCGCAUCGCCGUUCAAGUUUAUUAACACAUUAA